AUGAACCCAAUUCGCUUUCUACCAGACUGCUUUAGAGUUCUGAAAGCUGUCAAGAGUCUUGUAUUAAGUAACUGCAACCAGCUUCAAAUUCUGGAAGAUUUACCAGAAACAGAAGAACUGUGGGCUGUUGAGUGCCGAUUAUUGGAAAAAAUAACUUUGAAGCCAGGCCUACUCAUUAAAGGUUAUGACUUCCCAUAUAAAUGUGAAAAAUUACUUGAGAUGGAAAGCUUGUUUAAGGUCGUACCAAUAGAUGAAAUAGACCCAGACUUGAUCAACAAUUGUGGUAUUUAUGACGUGGAAUCCAUGAAAACAAUCCAGAUAAGAUUAUACAAUUCUUACACAUUUACUGAAAGAAGAUGCCCAGUCCAGGGAGUACACGAAAAUCGGCAUGGCCAUUUAUUCAGCAUUUUUUACCCUGGGAGCAGUGUUCCAAUAUGGUUCAGCAGUCGAAGUUACAUGCCUUCAUUGUCCUUUAUCAUAUCACAUUCUAAACUUAGAUACUUAAACACUUGCAUUGUGUACAAAUUGAACGGGGAACAAUAUUGUUAUUUCUACCUGAUAUCCCAUAACAAGACCAAAGAUCAAAUGAUUGUGCAUCGCCCAGGCUGUUAUGGCAUCCCUGAAGGGGAUGAAUGUAUGACAUGGCUGUGCCACUGGAAAUUCAGUAGUCAUGAGGCAGGACCUGGAGAUGAGAUCAAUGUUUCAAUGUAUAGCUACUACAGUGAUAACACGUUUAAGGUGAAAGAGAUUGGCAUCCAUCUUGUGUACGAAGAACAAGAACAGGCAGGUGUUCCUUUAGCCAAACGACAAAAGAUGGAACAUACAAGUGAUAAAUCAUCUCAGUGUGUCGUUCCGAUGGGAAUGCGGCCAUUGGCUCAUCAUGGAACGACACGGCUAUACUUCGUUGGCUGUGGAGUAACCACCACAAAUAGUUGGGUGGAGAGAUAUUUUGGAAAAUAUGUGGAGACUGGUGAGCCCUCAAGUUCUGAUAUUGAACUCGACUAAUCCUGCAGGCUGCAGAUGUCAUUGUUAGUAACCAUGUUUCUUGAUAUCAUUGGAGCUUUUGUUCUUGAAUCAGAAGGUACCUACAAAUUUGACAUGUUAUAUCUAUGUUUCUUGUUUCUUUAUAUCAAAUUUUAUAAAUAUAUGUAAUCUGAGUUUGAUGGUAACUAAAAUUUCAAGUAAUUAAGAAACUAUAUAGUUUUGGGUUGAUUACAGUAAUUAUCAUUUUCAA